UUUUGAAAAAAUAUAGUUUUUUUUAGUUGAUCUGAUUGACUUAUUCAGUUUUGCUUCAAUAAUAGUGGAGUAUAAGUUCAAUUAAAUGGCUCGGUUGGUUCUUCAAUCCAAAGGCUCGAAUUUGACGAAGACGGGUCUCUUGGGCUUACUGUCCUCCGUUAAUCUCAACACAACUCGUCGUGGUAGUUGCUUUCAUAGCUCAGUGAAGAAUUUCUCUAGAAAUAGGCAAUACUUUUGUUCAGAGGUUACUUGUUGGAGAGGUCAACAGUUUCACCAUUUGUCAUCAUAUGUGAGUUGCUUUAGGAGGUCUAAGCAAACAGGCAGGAGGUUGAUUUGUUCAGUUGCAACAGAAGCCCUACCUACCCAGGUUGAAGAGUCCAAAAUGGACACCCCAAAAGAGAUCUUUCUGAAAGAUUACAAGGUGCCCGAGUACUACUUUGACUCGGUGGAUUUAAAGUUUUCUCUGGGAGAGGAAAAAACAAUUGUUCAUUCACAAAUUACUGUUUUCCCCAGAGUCGAAGGUGCUUCUUCUCCAUUGGUCUUGGAUGGGCAAGAUCUGAAGCUGUUAUCAAUUAAAGUUAAUGGCAAAGAAUUGAAGGAAGGGGAUUUCCACUUGGAUUCACGCCAUCUUAUUCUCCCAUCACUUCCAAGUGCUAGAUUCACUCUGGAAAUAGUUACUGAAAUAUAUCCUCAGAGCAACACAUCUUUAGAGGGCCUUUAUAAGUCCUCUGGGAACUUCUGCACACAAUGUGAAGCUGAGGGUUUUCGGAAGAUCACAUUUUUCCAGGACCGACCUGAUAUCAUGGCCAAAUUUACUUGUCGCAUUGAAGCUGAUAAGACCCUAUAUCCUGUAUUGUUAUCUAAUGGGAAUCUUAUAGAACAAGGGGACCUUGAGGGUGACAGGCACUUUGUCCUUUGGGAGGAUCCAUUCAAGAAGCCAAGUUACCUGUUUGCACUUGUCGCUGGACAGUUGGAGAGCAGAGACGAUUCAUUCAUUACUCGCUCAGGGCGGAAGGUGUCCUUGAGUAUCUGGACCCCAGCACAAGAUAUACCAAAGACGGUCCAUGCUAUGUAUUCUCUUAAGGCAGCCAUGAAAUGGGAUGAGGAUGUUUUCGGUCUUGAGUAUGACCUGGAUCUCUUUAAUAUUGUGGCUGUCCCAGAUUUUAACAUGGGAGCCAUGGAAAACAAGAGUUUGAAUAUAUUUAAUUCAAAGCUUGUCUUGGCAUCACCGGAAACUGCUUCGGAUGCAGAUUAUGCUGCAAUUUUAGGAGUUAUCGGUCAUGAGUAUUUCCACAAUUGGACUGGAAACAGAGUGACUUGUCGUGAUUGGUUCCAGCUUAGCUUGAAGGAAGGUCUCACUGUCUUCAGGGAUCAGGAAUUUUCUUCUGACAUGGGGAGCCAUACAGUUAAACGGAUUGCCGAUGUUUCAAGGCUUCGCAAUUAUCAGUUCCCACAGGAUGCUGGUCCUAUGGCUCAUCCAGUUCGACCACAUUCAUAUAUCAAGAUGGACAACUUCUACACUGUAACGGUCUAUGAGAAGGGAGCUGAAGUCGUCAGGAUGUACAAAACAUUGCUGGGUAGUGAAGGGUUCAGAAAAGGCAUGGAUCUUUAUUUUAGAAGACAUGACGGUCAAGCUGUAACAUGUGAAGAUUUCUUUGCUGCCAUGCGAGAUGCCAAUUGUGCAGACUUCUCUAAUUUCUUAUUAUGGUACUCUCAAGCGGGGACACCCCUUGUGAAAGUUACUUCAUCCUACAAUGCUGAAGCACGGACUUAUUCUCUAAAAUUCAGUCAAGAGGUGCCAUCAACUCCAGGGCAGCCAGUGAAAGAACCUAUGUUCAUUCCGGUGGCAGUAGGCCUCCUAGAUAAAAAUGGGAAGGAUAUGCCACUCAUUUCUGUGUAUCAUGAAGGGAUGCUGCAGUCAGUUGAAAAGAAUAGUCAACCUGUUUUCACUACAGUACUCCAAGUGAAAAAGAAGGAAGAAGAAUUCAUAUUCUCUGAUAUACCUGAGCAUCCAACUCCAUCUCUUUUACGGGGUUACAGCGCUCCUAUCCGUCUUGAUUCUGAUCUUACUAAUAGUGACCUGUUUUUCCUGCUUGCUCAUGAUUCGGAUGAAUUCAACCGUUGGGAAGCAGGUCAGAUAUUGGCAAGAAAGCUGAUGCUCAGCUUGGUGGCUGAUUACCAGCAAAGCAAAGAGUUGGUUCUUAAUCCGAAAUUUGUGCAAGGGAUCAAAAGCAUACUUUCUGAUUCAAGCUUGGAUAAAGAAUUUAUUGCCAAGGCGAUAACUCUGCCAGGGGAAGGGGAGAUAAUGGACAUGAUGGAAGUCGCAGAUCCUGAUUCUGUGCAUGCCGUUCGGACUUUCAUUAAGAAGAAACUCGCUUCAGAACUAAAAGCAGAGUUUCUCAGCACAGUUGAGGGAAGCAGAAGUUUAGAGCCCUAUGUAUUUGACCAUCAUAAUAUGGCCAGGCGAGCUCUGAAGAACAUUGCUCUGGCCUACCUCGCAUCACUUGAAGAUCCAGAAACCACCGAGCUUGCUUUGUACGAGUACAACUCUGCUACGAACAUGACUGAACAGUUUGCAGCUUUGGCAGCUAUUGCCCAGAGUCCUAGUAAAACCCGUGAUGAUGUGCUUGCUGAUUUCUAUAGCAAGUGGGAGAAUGACUUUUUGGUUGUGAAUAAAUGGUUUGCGCUACAAGCCACAUCAGAUAUUCCUGGAAAUGUUGAGAAUGUCCGGAAACUCUUGGAGCAUCCUGCAUUCGACUUGCGCAAUCCAAACAAGGUGUACUCACUGAUUGGAGGAUUUUGCGGAUCUCCUGUGAAUUUCCAUGCUAAGGAUGGAUCAGGCUACCAAUUUUUGGGAGAUAUUGUGGUGCGGCUGGACAAAUUAAACCCACAGGUGGCCUCCCGCCUGGUAUCAGCGUUCUCAAGAUGGAGGCGUUACGAUGAGACCAGGCAAAACUUUGCCAAGGCACAACUAGAGAUGAUAAUGUCCACCAAUGGAUUAUCAGAGAACGUAUUUGAGAUUGCGUCAAAAAGCUUAGCCGCUUGAUUGCACUAUGGAAACUGGUUUUCCUUGCUAUUCCAUCAAUUCCCCC